GUGAAUAUGAACGCAUGUAGAUGGACGGGCUUCGGGUGAGCUGAAGGACAUUCAGAGACGAUGGCUGACAGAGAAGGCAGAUCGGGUGAUCGGAGGACCAGGGAAAGACGUGAAAGGAGCCAGAGCAUGGGAGAACGUCCCAUGAUGGACAGUAGUGCAGAUUUGGAUAGCCCUGACAAAAAUGAACCCAAAAGCAAUGAACAAACAAUGGAGAAUAUUAAAACGUCAGUAACUGAAGAAAAGCACAGGGAAAAAAACAAGGACGUAGGAACAGGAGUUACACCAGAUCGGUGGCUACCAGAAGAGAAUAAAAAAAUUGAUUCUCUAUGUCAAAGACUUCAUUAUGAACAAUGGCGCCAUCACAAACUGAGAGCUACUGAUGUUCUUCAGAUCAACAAACAUUCAUUACAGUCUCUCGAGUCUUGUGCUGAAGAAGAACUAAUUCAGACAUUCAUACAAAAACUAAUGACAAUGAACUACAGAGCAAGAUACAUUCAUGUUAAUAAGGCCAAAGAACAGGUUACAGUGCAACAACGAGAUAGUAACUCUGAAGAUGAGUGUACUAUAUUUGAUCAUUUUGAUAUAUCUUUAUCUAACAAAGGAACAAGUCAAUCUGAUCUCAUUCACCCCAUGGAUAUUCAGAUGGUCGUGUUUCAUUGUGCUGAUAGUUUCCUGAAGCAGCUGAUGUUGACUAAACUUUCUCAGUGUCAGUACGCUCUGCCUCUGCUUGUUCCUGAUCCCGACACACAGCAGGCUGAGUUUCCUCUCUGGACCUUCAGAAAAAUCAACAAGAGCUGGAAGAUGAGAAACACCAAUAAUGAGAACAUCAGUCAAACCCAGCCGAUCUACAAGACACAAACUCCAAUGGUUUUUUUCUUCAGGUUUGGCUCUGUGUCUUCAUCCAAGUCUCAGCUGAUGAACUGUCUGAUCAAUGAGAAGCACAACACGUUCUUCCACAGGAACUGUACAGGGAGUAGCAAAACCAGAGUCCUGAUGGAUGGAGUGGUGGAGAUCGCCUGGUUCUGCCCCUCUGGGAAAAACACAGAUAAAUUCAAUGACUGUGUAGCGUUCUGUAAUCUACACGGUGAUGCAGGAGACCAUGAGAAACAGCUGCAGAUCCUCACUAAAAUGAGCUCCGUCAAUGUUGUUCUUCUACCACGAUUUCAGAGGAAUGACAGAAGUGCAAAAAUAAUCCAAAACCUGUUUGAAGACAGAAAGCCACUCAUUUGUAUUUUUACUGAAGAUGAUUCUACUGUAACUGAGAUGAAGAAAGGGAAAUUCAAAAUUGGUUUGAAAGACAGAAAUCAGUCAGAUGUAUCUGAAGACCUCAGAAGAGUUAUAAAUGAUUGUCUCUCAAAAUCAUCUUCCACUUUCAGACUUGAAGAUGUGUCCAAACAGUCAGACAUUAGAGUAGAUGAAAAAAAUGAUGAUGACUGCAGGAGAGGAAGAGAGGCAGCACAGCAGAUGAUUAGUUUACUGGAGGAGAAAGAUCUGACCAAAAUCAAAGAAUUAUUUCUGCCUCAUCAGGGACAACUGUGGCAUCAGUGGUGUCAGAAGAACAAAGAACUACAUCGACCUCGAGGAGAUGAGAUUGAAAUGGACAUUAGUAGAAAACACACAGACUUGAAGAAAAUCCGUGAACAGCAGCACAUAACUGACAUCAGUGAGUUCAUGAAGCUCUUUAUUAAUGAAAUUUGUUCAAAUGCUGUAACUAAAAAUACAUAUUUUCUAAAAUGGCUUGAAAUAUUCCUGGAUGAAUAUAUGACUGCUGGAUUUUCUACUAUACAAGACAAAUAUGAUGAAAAGUGGUCAACAGUUGUAAGACUAAAAGAGAAUUAUGAUAAAUUGGAACAACUGACAGCUGAACAAACUGAACUAGACAGAAUAUCUGAGGAACUGCAAGCUUCAUCCUUUGGUUUGGAGCACAUCAUGAGGGAGAUCGGUCAGAUCUAUGAAUCAUGUUCAUCUGUGAAGGAGAACAAGAAAGACCUGCAGGUUCUUCUCUUCUCUCCGGGUCUUGCAGCAGAGAUGAUGAUCUCUGGAUCUCCACUGGAGCUGAUGGAUGGAGAUGCUGCUCAUGUUCCUGUGAUCUGGAUCUCUGCUGUUCUAGAUCAACUCGUCCAGAAACUGGGAGACCAGAGAGUCUUUGUGCUGUCAGUUUUAGGGAUCCAGAGCUCUGGGAAAUCCACCAUGCUGAAUGCCAUGUUUGGACUCCAGUUUGCUGUCAGUGCUGGCAGAUGCACCAGAGGAGCUUUCAUGCAGCUGGUCAGAGUCUCAGAUGAAAUGAAAACACAGAUGAACUUUGACUAUAUUCUGGUUGUUGAUACUGAAGGCCUUCAUGCUCUAGAACUGGCUGGAAGAUCAACAAAGGAUCAUGACAAUGAACUAGCCACAUUUGUUGUUGGUCUUGCAAAUUUGACUCUGAUCAACAUUUUUGGAGAAAACCCAUCUGAGAUGCAGGAGAUUCUUGAGAUUAUUGUUCAAGCCUUCAUGAGGAUGAAGAAGGUCAAACUGAAUCCAAGCUGUGUGUUUGUGCAUCAGAACGUCUCAGACAUCACAGCUGAAGAGAAAAAUAAGGAGGCAAGAAGACGACUGCAGGAGAAACUGGAUGAAAUGACAAAACUAGCUGCUGAAGAGGAAGUCUAUGAUGCAGAAUAUUUCAGUGAUAUAAUUAGAUUUGAUGUUCAGAAAGAUGUGACAUAUUUUGCUCAUCUCUGGGAAGGAAACCCACCAAUGGCACCACCAAACCCAAUCUACUGUGAGAAUAUUCAAGAACUUAAGAAAAUUAUUAUGUCUCAUGCAGAAAAAUCUGAUAAAAUGAUGCUGGCACACUUAAAAGUUUGCAUUAAAGAUCUCUGGGAUGCUUUGUUAAAGGAACAAUUUGUCUUUAGCUUCAGAAAUUCUCUGGAGAUUUCAGUCUACAGGAAACUGGAGACCAAAUACAGCAAGUGGUCCUGGACUCUUCGUAGUGCCAUGAUGGAAACUGAGAACAAACUGCACAACAAAAUAGAAAAUGAAGCAAUUCAUGAGAUUGAAGAAACUGCUCUUCACAGAGAAAUGAAGGAAACGAGUGAAGAAGUGGAAAAAUCAAUGACAGAAUUCUUUGAGAAAGACACAGAUGCAAAUAUAUUGAUUCACUGGAAAUCAUCAUUUGAAAUCAAAAUCAGAGAUGUUCAGGAAAGCAUUGUGAAAGAAACAAAGCGAAAAUUAAGUGAGAUUCUUCAACAGAGAGACCUAAAGAAAAAGAUAGAUGCUCAGAGGACACAUCAUGAAAACACUCUCUAUGAAAAGAGCAAAGAACUUGCUCUAAAACUUAAGCAGAAAGCAAAAAAUGAAGAAACACUGAAAAAAGAAUUUGAUUUGUUUUGGCAACAGAGCGUAAAGAAGAUCAUUAGAGAAACUCCUGCAAUCAAAAACAUUGACAUAAUAGCAGAUGUAAAAAGGCUUCUCAGUGAAAUACAUCAGGGUUAUGUCCCUGUAGAACAGAGAAAAGAAGGCAGUGAAUACAAUAUUUUAAAUGUGAUAAGUUAUUGUGAAUAUGUUAUUUUAAAGAGAUCGACAAAAAAAGAGAUUAGAGACACUGCAAAGAGCCCUUGCCGAACAGUAAAAGCAUCAUUUGGACAUGCUCAAAGUUUGUCUAUAGAGGAUGAAGCCCAGAUCAAAUCAUUAGUCACAGAUGUUGCUCAUCAGACAGACACAAUGAUUCAGUCAUUUAACAUUUCCAAGAUGGGGUACAACAUCAGCUGUAUUCAAAAACUUACAGAUUACAUAAAGACGAGAGUAACGGAACAUCAGGAAGGACAAGUGAAAUAUGUAUUCAAGAAACAGUUCUUUCUAGAUUUAGAUCUUUACACCUGUCAGAGAGCAAAGGAGAAUAUCACUGAUCAACAAAGACUGUUCAGGGAAGCCAAUGAUCCUGUUCUCUAUUUGGAAAGGAAAAGGGAAGAGUACUACAAUAUUUUCCAAAAAUACUGUCAAGGAGCUGCAUCAGCUGCCAUUUUUGGAGAGAUCAUCUGUCAGAAACUGAAAGAGCCCAUUGAGCAGAGCGUCUACAAGAAGACUGCCAGAGAUCUGACAGGUGAAAUAAGAUCAAACUGUGAAUCACUGAAUGGAAACAGAUCAAAUCUGGAGAAACACAUCUUAAAGACACUGGCAGAAGAGGAGAACUUUGACAAAUACAUGAACUACAUUAAUACACCCAGAGAUUACUUCAAAAGUUUCAUCAGAGAUGAAGCCAAUCGCUACAUCAAUGAUAAGUUCAGUGUCAGUGUUUUACCCAAGAUGAAGGAGAACAUUAAACUCCUGCAGCAGAAGAUUUUGGAGGCAGCUCAUGAAGCUACUGAUCAUGUUCAAAAGAGCAGAGAAAAUGUUGGUUUGUGGUUGAAGAGUUUCACACAGCAGCUCUCAGACGAGCUGAUCUUCUCUGAAAAAGACUUCAGUGGAGUCAAACAUGAUGAUGUUGAUGAUUUCAACCUCCUAGAAGAUGUGAUAAGACAAGAACUUCCUGCUAUAAUGUCAGACAUCAACAGUAGAUUCAACACAAAUACCUUUCCAGUAAAUUUGGAUUACAAGUUCAGGCCAGAUAAGCUUCUGAUUGAUCACUUCUGCAAAUGCUGUUGGGUUCAGUGUCCGUUCUGUAAAGCCAUCUGCACCAACACUAUAGAAAACCAUGAUGGAGAUCACAGUGUUUCCUUUCAUCGUGUUAUAGGACUAAACGGAAUACAUUACUGUAAUACAGAGCACCUGUCUGCCCAUAUCUGCACAUCAGCAAUAGCAAACAGUGCUCUAUAUUUUUAUCCCAAUGAAUUACAAAAAGUCCUCUGGAGAGAUUACAGAACAGCAGGAGAAGAUUAUGCAAAGUGGAGCAUCACCUCUGAUCUAUCUGAACUGCCCUACUGGAAAUGGUUUGUGUGUCACUUCCAGGAGGAUCUGAAAAAAUACUACAGUAAAUUUGAUGGACAGGGUAAGAUCCCCGAUGAAUGGAAGAAAUACACUAAACACAUUUCUCUAGAGACUUUGGAUAAAUACAUUUAGUUUCUCAUUUGUAAGUCAUUUUGUUUAUCACAUUAAAUUCUCAGUUCUCUGAAUACUGUACAUUUGAGAACAGUGCAAAGAUUUUCA